AUGGAUCUCUUAAGAAUCAAGCCAUAUGACCCAGCAAUGGUAAAGGCUAACGCAAAUAAGCCCAAACCAAAGCGAAAACAAGGACCGAAUCAUACGGAACCGCCAAGUAAAAAGCACAAUCAAUGCCGUGGCAAAGAUCUAGAUGCCCCGUCUUCAAAAAGGGUGCCAACACUUCGUGACAUAGUUUCAGGGUCGGAGUAUGAUGAUCUCAUAAAAUCUAUCUCUGCCCCUGGCUCUGAGAGAUUGUUAAUUACACCUCCUGGAUCAACAAGCAGUACAGAUAUAGAAGUCAAUCAGACAGGCAUUAUAGCCUCCAACACAGACAAGAAAAGCAGAUCUAGCGAGGAUAUUGAACAUAUUAUCUUGGAUUCUUCUCAAGAUACGCCCGUGUUAAGCACAGAUGACUUGGCUGUGCCAUGUGCUCUAGCUAAAGCUAGCCUUCUUGGAAUCAGUAUCAUCGCCCCCACGGAAAUCCGCACAGAUGACUAUACUCAAAUCCUUCUUGAAAAGAUGACUGUUGAGGGUUUGAAAGCACUGCAAGACUCCCAUAGAGAUGGUCUUGGACUACUUGAGUCGAUACAUCAGCUAUCCUCUGGUAGUUAUGAUGCAAAAGAGGAUCCUGACGAUAUCCCAGAAUGCGGCAGGGUGAGCGAAAAGCUCGGAAUAUUCGAGCUCAGCCCCAGUGGCGAGUCCCCCAGUGGCGAGUCCCUCAGUUGCGAGUCCCUCAGUGGCGAGCCCCUCAGUGGCGAGUCCCCCAGCGACUCAACUAAACAGUCAAGACUGCAAGGCUUGGAAAUAACACCCGACGACAAGACUACGGGCUCAGUAUUGGGUUCAGCAACAGUUGAAUCCGAGCCAUCGUCCUCACCGGAAAGGUCUAUGGAGGUGGAUGCGAACUGGCCAAAGAGACAACGCCCAGGCACAGCCAAUCUCUCAGAAAAUACACCUCAUAAGCAAAUUCAAAGUACCGACACUCACCGCAGCACAAAUAAACAGUGCCAAACCAGCCCUCUUAACGAAGUUCCCCCUGGUAGGAGUCUUCACUCACAAAGUCGGGUUCACCUGGGUUCUGAACGCAGAAAUGGCAACACACGAAAAGAGCCAGCUACCUCUUUUUCCUCCAUGAAACCUAUGGAAGACAGCUCUCGCUCAAGAUCUCAGUUACACACUGAUACCGGGGGAGAUAAGCUAAAAGGAUCAUACAGUGAAUGUCUCCUGCAGCUAAGUCAUACUAUAGAAACUGUGGCGUCGAAACGUGCCCAAUUGUCGGAUGUAGAAUCGCGCUUGAUGCUGGAGAUUCUUCUUGUUCACAUCCGCAACUAUGAUACCCAGAGGCUCCCCUACGAACCCAGUAUGAGCCUGAAAGGUCUUUACAGAGCAGGGCAGCAAACUCAUUCAUAUGACAAAUCGAUUGAGUCAUCGAUUACCAACCCCAUACUGGAAGAUGAAGGAACCACUUCAAGCGGUUCUGAUGGCAGCAGUGACAGCGAGAGUAUGAGUGUCAACUCGGAUUAUAUAGCUAGCAAACAAACUGUGGAUAGGAAGACAUCUCGACGACCCCGGGGAUCUCAACAACCUCAACGACCCCAACGACCUCAACGAACUAAGGGUACGAAAUGGACACCUGAGGAUAAUGAGAACCUCAAUACAUGGGUGAAGGAGGGGCGGUCUUGGUCAGACAUAGCUACCCGCUUGGGUAAUAGAACCGGCAGUGGCUGCAAACAACACUGGGAGAUUAAAAAUCCUAAGGGGAAGAGGGUUAAGAGGUAG